GUAUUUUUCUCCAUGGACAUUAGUGGUGACAAAGCAAUGGACUGUCAGCAUGGUCCUCCCAUGCCAUCCUCCUCUUCAUCCAGUCCAUCAGCUGUUGAACAAUCCAAUUCCCCACUUCCAUCACCCAAUGUCAAUGGCAACCAAAGGCGGAUGCUUGGCAACAGUGCCACUCAUCCGGGUCAUGACUCUGACACUGAUGAUGAGGAGUACAAUGCAAACUCAUAUCUAGCUCAGGCCAGUUCAGCCACAGUCUGUGUCCCCACCAAUGAACAACCGCCAAACCAACAGAGCCAGUCGACCUUACAGCCACUUCCACCUUUGCAUAAGCAGCACUUGACCCAGCAGCAGCCCUCGGUCACCUCGCUCAACAGGAACUCACUGACUCAGCGGAGGAACCAGAGCCCGGCCCCACCGGCCGUGCUGCCCAGCGAGCUGCCCACCACGCCCGAAUCUGUCCAGCUGCAGGAUAGCUGGGUUCUUGGCAGCAAUGUGCCCCUGGAGACCAGGCACUUUCUCUUCAAGACUGGAACAGGAACAACGCCGCUGUUCAGUACAGCCUCGCCUGGUUACACCAUGGCUUCCAGUGCAGUUUAUUCUCCACCGCCACGCCCGUUGCCUAGAAACACCCUUUCCAGAAGUGCUUUUAAGUUCAAGAAGUCAUCAAAGUACUGUAGUUGGAAAUGCACUGCCCUGUGUGCAGUCGGCGUGUCAGUCUUACUGGCAAUACUACUGUCUUAUUUCAUAGCUAUGAACCUAUUUGGCCUGAACUGGCAGCUGCAGCAGACUGGGGGUUACACAUUCGAGAAUGGGAAAGUGAAAGCUGAAACCUCACCAACCAAUCCAGUGACAUCACUGUCGGGAAAAGGUGGCCUCACCUAUCAGGAAAACAACACUAUCGAUACCGGUGAGGUUGAUUUGGGCCGCAGGGCUAUCCAGGAAGUGCCUCCUGGGAUCUUUUGGAGAGCUCAACUUUUUGUUGACAAGCCCCAGUUUCUGAAGUUCAACAUAUCCCUUCCAAAGGAUGCACUGAUUGGAAUAUAUGGCAGAAAAGGGCUACCUCCUUCACACACCCAGUACGACUUUGUGGAGCUGCUCGAUGGCAGUAGAUUGAUAGCCAGAGAAAAGCGCAACCUUGCUGAGUCUGACCACAGAGUCCGACACAUUAGGGCCGUUAGCCUCCAAGAAGCCGGUUUCAUCCAGUAUCUGGAUUCAGGAGUCUGGCACCUGGCCUUUUACAAUGAUGGGAAAACUGCUGAGCAAGUGUCCUUCAAUACCAUUGUCAUAGAGUCUGCAGUUGAGUGUCCUCGAAAUUGCCAUGGAAGCGGAGAAUGUAUUUCUGGAACUUGCCAUUGUUUUCCUGGAUUCCUUGGACCUGAUUGUGCGAGAGCAGCCUGUCCUGUCCUAUGUAAUGGCAAUGGACAGUACUCCAAAGGACGCUGCCUUUGUUACAGUGGAUGGAAGGCAAUGGAGUGUGACGUGCCCUCAACCCAAUGCAUCGACCCUCAGUGCAGAGGACAUGGCAUCUGCAUUAUGGGCUCCUGUGUCUGCAACUCGGGCUACAAGGGAGAAAUGUGUGAGCAAGCGGAUUGUUUCGACCCGACCUGUUCAAAUCAUGGAGUCUGUAUCCACGGGGAAUGCCACUGCAGUCCGGGAUGGGGAGGUGCCAACUGUGAAAAUUCGAAAGCCGUCUGCCCCGAUCAGUGCUCUGGCCAUGGGACAUACCUUCAGGAGAAUGGUUCCUGCAUUUGUGAUCCAAAUUGGACAGGCCCAGACUGCUCAGUGGAAAUUUGUACCGUGGACUGUGGCGCCCGCGGAGUUUGCAUCGCCGGUAGCUGCCGCUGUGAGGAAGGCUGGGGUGGCUCAGCCUGCGCACAGAGAGUAUGUCACCCUCGCUGUCUGGAGCAUGGGACCUGCAAGGAUGGCAAAUGCGAAUGCAACCAAGGCUGGAAUGGUGAACACUGCACCAUAGCACACUUUCUGGAUAAAAUAGUUAAAGAAGGUUGCCCUGGACUUUGCAAUAGUAAUGGAAGAUGUACCCUCGACCAAAAUGGCUGGCACUGCGUCUGCCAGAUGGGGUGGAGAGGAACGGGAUGCGAUGUUGCUAUGGAGACUGCUUGCUCCGACAGCAAGGACAAUGAAGGAGAUGGACUUGUAGAUUGCAUGGAUCCUGAUUGCUGCUUACACAGUUCCUGCCAGAAACAGCCUUCCUGCCGCGGGUCUCCUGACCCGCUAGAUAUUAUUGGUCAAAGCCAGCAGCCACCCUCUCAGCAAGCUGCCAAGUCCUUCUAUGAUCGCAUCAAAUUUCUUAUUGGACCAGACAGCAGUCAUGUCCUACAUGGGGAAAAUCCUUUCAACAAAAGCCUUGGCUCUGUCAUCAGAGGACAGGUGCUUACUGCAGAUGGAACCCCUCUCAUUGGAGUGAAUGUGUCCUUUCUGCACUACCCACAGUAUGGCUAUACCAUCACCCGGCAUGAUGGCAUGUUCGACUUGGUGGCAAAUGGCGGUGCCUCUCUAACCCUUAGCUUUGAACGUGUUCCGUUCAUUACCCAAUAUCGCACAGUGUGGAUUCCAUGGAACGUUUUUUAUGUUAUGGACACUAUGGUCAUGAAGAAGGAAGAGAACGAAAUUCCCAGCUGUGACUUGAGUGGAUUUGUGAGGCCAAAUCCCAUCAUCUUGGCCUCUCCUUUAUCCACCUUUUUCCGUUCAUCUCCUUCAGAGAGCCCCAUUAUUCCUGAAACACAGGUGCUUCAUGAAGAGACGGAGAUUCCUGGCACGGAUUUGCAGCUUACCUACUUGAGUUCACGCGCUGCUGGGUACAAACCAGUUCUGAAAGUCACCAUGUCCCAGAAUGCGAUCCCUUUCAACCUGAUGAAGAUUCACCUGAUGGUGGCCGUAGUGGGCCGACUGUUCCAGAAAUGGUUCCCAGCGUCACCAAACCUAUCGUACAUCUUCACAUGGGAUAAAACCGAUGCCUACAACCAAAAAGUCUACGGCUUGUCUGAGGCCGUGGUUUCUGUUGGUUAUGAAUAUGAAUCCUGCCUGGAUCGUAUCCUCUGGGAGAAGAGAACGGCUAUUCUCCAGGGUUACGAACUGGAUGCUUCAAACAUGGGCGGCUGGUCAAUCAACAAGCACCACGUUUUAGAUGUUCAAAAUGGUAUCCUGUAUAAGGGAAAUGGAGAGAACCUAUUUAUAUCUCAGCAGCCAGCUGUGAUCCAUAGCAUUAUGGGUAGUGGACGGAGACGCAGCAUCUCAUGUCCAAGCUGCAAUGGCCAAGCCGAUGGGAACAAGCUUCUGGCACCUGUAGCUUUGGCGUGCGGGAUUGACGGCAGCUUGUACGUCGGUGAUUUUAACUACAUCCGUCGUAUCUACCCUUCAGGAAAUGUGACGAGCAUUCUGGAGCUAAGAAAUAAAGAUUUUAGACAUAGCAAUAACCCAGCUCACAGAUAUUUCCUGGCAACUGAUCCAGUCACUGGAGACUUGUACAUCUCGGACACCAACACUCGGCGCAUCUAUCACCCAAAGUCGCUGACUGGUGCUAAAGAUCUGACGGCAAAUGUGGAAGUGAUAGCGGGGACUGGAGAACAAUGUUUGCCCUUCGAUGAAGCUCGAUGUGGUGAUGGUGGCAAAGCUGUCGAAGCCUCUCUGAUGAGUCCGAAAGGAAUUGCCAUCGACAAGAAUGGUUUGAUGUACUUUGUGGAUGGAACCAUGAUCCGAAAGGUGGACCAGAACGGAAUAAUAUCCACCCUACUGGGCUCCAAUGACCUGACGUCAGCUCGGCCCUUGACUUGUGACACCACCAUGCAUAUAAGCCAGGUUCGCUUGGAAUGGCCCACAGACCUGACCAUUAAUCCAAUGGACAACUCCCUCUAUAUACUAGACAACAACAUAGUGCUUCAGAUUACAGAGAAUCACCAAGUCCGUAUUGCUGCGGGCCGGCCCAUGCACUGUCAGGUUCCAGGUGUGGAAUAUUCACUCGGAAAACGAGCUGUUCACACGGCGCUCGAGUCUGCCAGUGCUAUCUCAGUGUCCUACAGCGGGGUCCUCUACAUUGCGGAGACGGAUGAAAAGAAGAUCAACCGUGUGAGGCAGGUAACUACAGAUGGGGAGAUCUCGUUGCUUGCAGGCAUGCCUUCAGACUGUGACUGCAAGAAUGAUGUCAGCUGUGACUGUUACCAGUCUGGCGAUGGCUACGCCAAAGAAGCCAAGCUCAACUCACCGUCCUCCCUGGCAGUUUCUCCAGAUGACACAUUGUAUAUUGCAGACAUGGGCAACAUUCGUAUCCGGGCAGCCUCCAAGAAUAAGCCAGUGCUGAACUCAUUGAAUUAUUACAAGAUAGCCUCCCCUUCAGAGCAGGAAUUGUACAUCUUUGAUAUCAAUGGCACUCACCAGUAUACUCAGAGCCUCAUCACAAGUGACUACCUCUACAACUUCAGCUAUAGCAACGAGAACGACAUCACAGCAGUGACGGACAACAACGGGAAUAUCCUGCGAAUCCGAAGGGAUCCCAACCGGAUGCCCGUGAGAAUAGUAUCCCCUGAUAACCAGGUGAUAUGGCUAACCAUCGGCACCAAUGGAGGACUGAAAAGCAUGACAGCCCAGGGUCAAGAGCUGGUUUUAUUCACUUACCACAGCUAUAGUGGGCUCAUGGCAACAAAAAGUGACAAGACCGGUUGGACAACUUUUUUCGACUACGACAGCGAGGGCCGACUGACGAAUGUUACAUUUCCUACUGGUGUGGUCUCAAGUCUCCAUGGUGAGAUGGAGAAGGCAAUCACUGUGAAUAUUGAAACAUCCAGCCGGGACGAAGAUGUCACCAUCACUACCAAUCUCUCUUCAGUGGAUGCCUUCUACACCAUUGUUCAAGAUCAGCUGAAAAACAGUUACCAGGUUGGUUAUGACAGCUCCCUUGGGGUUAUGUAUGCCAACGGUAUGGACACCAGCUUCCAGACGGAGCCCCACAUUCUGGCCGGCACAGUGAACCCAAUCAUCGCCAGACGCAACAUCUCUCUUCCUGUGGAAAACAGUCUGAACCUGGUGGAGUGGCGUUUCAGAAAGGAACAAAUCAGAGGGAAAAUCAGUGUCUUUGGACGCAAAUUGAGGGUGAAUGGCAGGAACCUCCUUUCUAUUGACUUUGAUCGAACGACCCGGACAGAGAAGAUCUAUGAUGAUCACCGUAAAUUUCAGUUGCGGAUUCUCUACGAUCAAUCAGGCCAUCCUACUCUCUGGCUGCCGAGCAGUCGCCUCACUGCCGUCAACAUCACUUAUUCCUCCACUGGACAGAUCUCGGGCAUUCAGCGGGGCCCACUUGGUGAGAAAAUUGAGUACGACUCGCAAGGGAGAAUUGUGUCCCGUGUGCUGGCUGACGGUAAAACGUGGAGCUACACGUACCUGGACAAGUCCAUGGUGCUGCUUCUUCACAGCCAACGCCAGUACAUUUUUGAGUAUGAUUUAUUAGAUCGUUUGUCUGCUGUCACCAUGCCCAGCGUUGCCCGUCAUACCAUGCAGACUAUUCGCUCCAUUGGUUACUAUCGCAAUAUUUACAACCCUCCUGAAAGCAAUGCCUCUGUGAUUGUGGACUACAAUGAGGAAGGGCUGCUCCUCCACACAGCAUACCUGGGUACAGGCCGUCGCAUCCUGUACAAGUAUAAGCGGAUGUCCAAACUUUCCGAGUUGCUGUACGACAGCACUCGUGUCAGCUUUACCUACGAUGAGACCGCCGGGGUCCUGAAAACCGUUAACCUCCAGAGCGAGGGCUUCAUCUGCACCAUCCGAUACCGGCAAAUCGGCCCCCUGAUUGACAGGCAGAUCUUCCGUUUCAGCGAAGACGGGAUGGUGAACGCCCGCUUUGAUUACAGCUAUGACAACAACUUCAGAGUGACUAGCAUGCAAGCCGUGAUCAACGAGACCCCAUUGCCGAUUGACCUGUACCAGUUCGAUGACAUCUCGGGCAAGUUUGAGCAGUUUGGGAAGUUCGGGGUCAUCUACUACGAUAUCAACCAGAUCAUUUCCACCGCAGUAAUGACGUACACCAAGCACUUUGACACUCACGGACGAAUCAAGGAGAUUCAGUAUGAAAUAUUCAGGUCACUCAUGUACUGGAUAACCAUUCAGUAUGACAACAUGGGUCGUGUGACACGGCGGGAGAUGAAGAUUGGGCCCUUUGCUAACACCACCAAAUACGGUUACGAAUAUGAUGUUGAUGGACAGCUUCAGACAGUCUACUUGAAUGAUAAAAUAAUGUGGCGCUACAACUAUGACCUGAAUGGCAACUUACAUUUGCUGAACCCAGGCAGCAGUGCACGUCUGACCCCACUGCGAUACGACCUGAGAGACCGCAUCACUCGCUUAGGUGACGUCCAGUACAGACUUGAUGAAGACGGAUUCCUGCAUCAAAGAGGGGGCGAUCUUUUUGAAUACAAUUCCAAGGGCCUUUUGACUAGAGUUUACAGCAAGGCUGGUGGCUGGAACAUACAGUAUCGCUACGACGGCCUCGGGCGACGAGUCUCCAGCAAAAUCAGCACUGGCCAACACCUUCAGUUUUUCUAUGCUGACUUGAACUACCCGAACCGAAUAACUCAUGUCUACAACCAUUCCAGCUCUGAGAUAACAUCCCUCUACUAUGACCUUCAGGGGCACCUGUUUGCCAUGGAAAUCAGCAGUGGGGAAGAGUUCUACAUUGCUACUGAUAACACUGGGACACCAUUAGCAGUAUUCAGCAGCAAUGGGCUGAUGAUUAAGCAAAUUCAAUAUACUGCCUACGGAGAAAUCUACUUAGACUCCAACCCUGACUUCCACCUGGUAAUAGGAUUCCAUGGUGGCCUCUAUGACUCUUUGACUAAACUGAUACACUUUGGCGAGAGAGACUACGAUAUUCUGACAGGACGCUGGACGACGCCUGACAUUAGCAUUUGGAAAAACAUCGGGCGAGAUCCUGCACCAUUUAAUCUGUACAUGUUCAGAAAAAACAACCCCGUCAGCAAAGUUCAGAACGUGAUGGAUUAUGUCACAGAUGUUAACACCUGGCUCCUGACGUUUGGCUUCCAGCUUCACAACGUUAUUCCUGGUUUCCCCAUCCCUAGGCAGGGCGUGUCAGAACCUUCAUAUGAGCUUGUAAAGAGUCAGGAGUGGGACGACGUGACGCCUCUGUCUGGUGUACAGCAAACAGUAGCAAGACAAGCAAAGGCCUUCAUAAGCGUGGGAAAUAUGCCAGACAUUAAAAUUGGCAAACAUAAAGCCAGCAAAGAGAAACCAUGGCUUUGGUUUGCGACGGUCAACUCUCUCAUCGGCAAAGGGGUGAUGCUUGCUAUCACCCAAGGAAAAGUGAUAACUAACGUGCUUAAUAUUGCUAAUGAGGACUGCAUCAAAGUCGCUGCGCUGCUAAAUGGUGCAUAUUAUCUGGAAAACUUGCAUUAUAACAUUGAAGGAAAAGACACUCACUACUUCGUCAAAACUGCUUCACCUGAAAACGAUCUUGGAACGCUGAGGCUGACCAGUGGACGCAAGUCUUUGGAAAAUGGCAUUAAUGUUACUGUCUCGCAGUCAACCACUGUGGUGAAUGGCAGGACUCGAAGGUUUGCCGAUAUAGAAAUGCAGUACAGCGCCUUGUCCAUCCACGUCCGCUAUGGAAUGACCCUGGAUGAAGAGAAAGCCCGAAUACUGGAACAGGCCAGGCAACGAGCUCUGGGAUGUGCUUGGGCCAGAGAACAACAGAGAGUGAGGGAUGGUGAGGACGGUGUCAGGUUAUGGACAGAAGGAGAGAAACGCCAGCUCCUCAGUGCUGCAAAAGUGCAAGGAUACGAUGGGUACUAUGUACUCUCUGUGGAGCAAUACCCAGAGUUGGCAGACAGUGUGAGCAAUAUUCAGUUCCUAAGACAGAACGAAAUAGGAAAGAGGUAACACACAGGCUAGUUGGUACCUGCCAAAGAGACAAACUCAACACUUCUCUUUCUAGGGGAGCAGAAUUUUACUUUUGCUGCCAAUAGCUACCACAGGGUAAACUUUGAAACCUGAAAUGUCACUGUAGCCUGAAGCUCAGAUCUAUCUGUAGCACAAUUUCUCUCCUAAAACUGUUGGACUUGAUGGAAUUCUUUUUCUACUCAUUUGGAGCCCAUAAAAGGGGAAGAAAGAUGGUUACUGCAAACAAAAAAGCUCUACAAAUUUCCCUUUAUAUACAGGGUUGUCGACUGCUUUACAUAAAUCGUUUACAGUGGAUGCCACUAGGUUCAGACCAGAGCUUGGACUGAAAUGUGUGUAAAAUAAACUAAAAAAAAUACUGCUUAAUUGUUUUGUACUUGGCCAAAUCUGUUGACUGUUUUCUGUUGUUUAAGAAACACUGUAUUAAGCAUUAGAAUCAAAGUGUCCAGAUACAAAAACUGUGUAUUUACAUGAGUGACCUUUGCUUACCAAAAGUAGUCUUAAUCUUUCCUCGCAGUAAGUGAUAUUACUAGUUGGACCCGUGGCAAGAAAAAUAAUCCCCAGAUUCUACUGUGGACCAAUGUCCGCUCUUUUCACCGUGCUGCUUUAUAUAAGGACACUUUGUGCUAAGUAGCUCGACCAUGAUAAUGACACAAAAUUUCAUCAUCAAUUUUACAAUGUUUUGCCUUGGGAAACAACGCGAUGUACAGAAUCGCUGAUGCAGCAAAGCAAAGGAAAACUUUUUUUUGUAAGAUGUGUGAGACCAGUUCUUUAUGGAGUUUUUAUAUGAAUUCCAGUUUACUGUUCACCAGAUACUAGUCUCAAAGAUGUUAAUUUAUGUAAAGUGUUUCAAAGAAGUUUAUACUUGAAAAUAAAACCUUUAAAAUACAAA